AUGAAGAUUACAUUUAAAUCUAUUGUAGAAUUCUAUAAUGCUCGUCGCCAGAUUAUUACAUUUAUGGUGACAUUAAUGAUCCUGGAGAUUAGCCUAGGUGAUCUUAACACAGAAAUCUGUCGAGCAAAAAUCAUUCGACAUAGUCUUUGGAAUGGGUUCACUCAAAGUAGUGGAGUAUUUACAAUUGGUAAAGUAGCAAAUUCUAAUGCAGGAUUUGUUAGAUCUUAUCAAGGUUAUAUGGAUAGUACUUUAG